AUGGACCUAGUAAGGCUGGAUGAACUAGAGACGAUCGACCCACGACCGCUUCCGCCGUGGCGGGCCGAGCCCUUCACGGAGAUUGAGAUCGGGUCAGACCGAGAGUCGGCAACAGAACGGGCUAGGACCGUGCGAUCCAUGUCCACCAUUGUGGUCUACUCUGACGCCUCGGGACGCGAAGACCACCUGGGCGCCGCUGCCGUAGCACUCGACAACAACCUGGAGGUUAUCGAAUCCCAACAGGUCCAGGUGGGACCGAUGGACCGGUGGUCGGUUCACGUAGCAGAGCUGAUAGGCAUUUUCUACGCCGUCAGCACAGUGUUCAAGAUCAGCAACCAGCGGCCAAGAACGGAACAUAAGGGAAAAACGACCGCAACGAUCCUCUGCGACAGCAGAUCAGCAUUGCAAGCAAUCCAGAACCCAGAAAACAAAUCAGGACAACGCAUCAUCCACGCGAUCCUCCAAGCGGCCACGGAGGUUCAAGCGAAGGGAAUCGCGCUCCGUCUCCAAUGGAUACCCGGACACUGCGACAACCCGGGAAACGACGCGGCAGAUCGGCUGGCCAAGGACGCAGCAAGCCCGGGCAAGACACACCCCUUCCGCCCUUUGCUGACAAGGACGAAGGCGCUCAUUCGCGAUAACAUCCGCGCUCAGUGGGGGCGGGAAUGGAAAUCAUCCACCAAAGGCGGUCACCUGCGGAAAAUCGAUAGCACUCUACCGGCAGCCUACACCAGGAAGCUCUAUGGGAACCUGCCUAGGGGCCGGGCAUACUUGCUGACACAGCUACGCACGGGCCAUAAUUGGCUAUCCACCUUCAGGAACGCCAUUGGCUUCCGUGAUGACGAUCACUGCGUGUGCGGCGCGCAAGAAACAGUCACUCAUGUCCUGGUGGACUGUCCAAAACUGCAGGAGUUGAGAAGAGAAUUAAGGAUGAAGGUUGGGGACGCAUUUAGCAGCAUAUCGAGUCCGCUGGGAGGCUCCAAAGAAGGUGAGAGAGGUAAACCAGACACCGUCUCGCGAACCAAAACGGUGAAUGCCGUGUUGGACUUCACUGAGGCGUCACAGCGGUUUCAAAGUCGCGCGCCAUAA